AUGCCACAUAUCAUCACGAGGAGGCGUUUCUUCUGUCCUCGUCCACCACUGCUACGACUACCAAGUCUACACCGGCGCCAGCUUGUAAGUGCUGCAAAUGCUGCAAAUGCUGCAACACAACACACGCGACGACAGUACAACCUCGCUUCAACCCAUGGAAAAGUCGAUUCAGAGUGGAGGGCCCUUUUGGAGAGCAUCAAACUGCAAAGUGAGCCUCCUUUGCAGCAGCAAAUUGCAUCCGUGGACGAAAUAUCCGAGCAAGAGUCGACGGAGUCCUUCACACAGCUAGAGUAUAAAGUCCGCCAGCGACUUUUACAAAUAUACAAGAAGGAGCAACUCGCGUCCUUUGUCGAGGAGAUCAAACGGCUGUCGCCCAGACUCGGCAACAAGCUCGAGUAUCGAUACCUCGCCGAGUCGAAAGAUGAAAAUUUCGUGAGGUCCAAUAACACCUGGAUGGCGUAUCAUAAACAGGCCAAGAACCCCGUCACUCGAGCCAAAAUCGAUUGGUUAUAUUUGUAUUUGUUUCGAUUCAAUAAUGAUCUAACUGACGUGGCCAAGUAUAACAAGGCUUGGAUCAAGAUUCACGAAACACACGGUGAGAGCCUAGUGCAGAUUUAUCUACUGAGCUAUAUAUGCUCGUUGUUAAACACGAGACAAACGCACUUGGCCAUACGAUAUUUUGUGCAAUGGUUAGUCGAGGGUAAAGUGGACCUCACAGUUAUGCCACUCGCCAAGAUCUUGGACGUGAUGAUUGGUGAAGGCUACGCCGAAGAUCUUGCAACUGUCCUCAGGAUGUGCUUGACAAAGUCUAAUUUGUCGCCGAUGGCGAUGAUGACGACGACGAAGCUGAAGAUGAUGGUUGGCGACGAUGUGUGGGUUAGAAUCUUGAACUUUGGAUUGACGCACGAUGUAUACGAGUUGGUUCAACUCGCGUAUUGUAAUUUCAUAAUGAGAGAUUACCCAGACGGCAAGAUCAGCAUUGAAGAUGUCGUGUUGAGCAACAGCAAAGAUAACGCCAUGCUCCGGUCAUUUUCCAAUAACUUGUUGAUGCAAAUCUUGCGGUGUUUUGCAUCGCACGGCGAUGUCGAUCUGACAAUUGAUCUCAUUGAAAGUCAUUUUUUCCAUAAAGUUGUUGCUGGCGGCGAUGCCAUGACUGGAGAAUUGUGCGUGGAGAUAAUCGAGAGCCACUGCCAUGACAAAUCCGAGGAUGUACGAGACAAAGAAAAGGAAGAACAACAAGAAGAAGAUAUUGAAAAGAUUGUGGAGCUCGUUGAUGUGUUUGUAAGAAAGAGCAUCGCAGUAAAAACGGAGCCAAUCACGGCACAAGACUUGUUCUUACCGAUGGGACGCUUGUUUUCCGCUAUUGACAAGGGCAAGAACGAGGCUAUGUUUCCGCGACUCAACCUCGUCAACAUUUUGGAAAUUGCCACUAGAGAUGACUUGUUGCCAGAGACGAAAGAAAUUUUUGAAAAAUGUUUGCUUGACUAUAUGAUGAACUAUAGAAGCGUCAGGGCUGCAGUGGACGCGAUAGCUUUCACCAUGAAAGCUGCACAAUUUUCGACCCCACGCUGA